UCUGACGGGCUGGUCGCCUUCACAGCAGGAUGUGCUGAAGGGAAAGAGGCUUAGAUGAGUUUUAUAAGGGUUGAGAUGCAGUGAGCUGGGCUUGGACGCGGACUUUGAGUUGAUUUUGCGCGGAGGAGCGGAUGUUUGAACCCGAGUGGAAAUGAGUAACAGUGGAGCGCAAGGCACCAGGCCCGGUAUGGAAGCUUUGUCGAAAUCAGGUGCUCGGCCCAAUGGGCCCAUCGGUGCCCCCGGCAGCCCAGUGAGCUCCACAGUGGGACCAUCUCUGGCCCCGGAAGACCUGGAGGAUGAACCACAGUCAUCUCUUGCAGAAGUCACCCAGAUGUGGAUUAAAUUUGCCAAGGCAUUUGCUGCUGUUUUCCCCAUCUACAUCUUGGGAUACUUUGGGUUUAGCUUUAGUUGGAUUCUAAUUGGACUUGCUGCAAUUUUCUGGUGGAAGAGGACUCAUGGCUCUGAGGACAAUCGGAUAAACCGUGCCUUAGCGUUCCUGGAUCACGAGGACAAAGCAGUCAAGCAAAUUGUACCUACUAUGGAGUUACCACCGUGGGUUCAUUAUCCAGAUGUGGAGCGAGUGGAGUGGCUGAACAAGACGGUGAAGCAGAUGUGGCCGUUCAUCUGCCAGUUUGUGGAAAAAGUUUUCAGAGACACGAUCGAGCCGGCGGUGCAGGGCGCCAACCCGUACCUCAGCUCCUUCUGCUUCACCAAGAUUGACAUGGGGAACAAGCCUGUCAGAGUGAACGGGGUGAAAGUUUACACAGAGAAUGUGGACCAGAGGCAGGUCAUUAUGGAUCUGCAGAUCAGCUUUGUAGGGAAUACACAGAUCGAUGUGGACAUCAAGAAAUACUACUGUAGAGCUGGAAUCAAAUGUAUACAGCUUUGCGGCGUGUUGAGAGUCGUGAUGGAGCCGCUGCUGGGGGACAUGCCUCUUGUGGGAGCCCUGUCUCUUUUUUUCCUCAAGAAACCUUUGCUGGAUGUUAAUUGGACAGGACUCACAAACAUGCUCGACAUUCCUGGUGUGAAUGGUUUGUCUGACGGCAUAAUCCAGGACAUCAUCUGCAGCAUCCUGGUCCUGCCGAACCGGAUCAACAUCCCUCUGGUGGGAGAUGAACAGCUAGCCAAACUACGCUUCCCCCUACCCAAAGGUGUCCUGCGGAUCCACUUCUUAGAGGCUCAGGAGUUACUUAGCAAGGACACGUUCCUGGGUGGACUGAUUAAAGGAAAGUCAGACCCUUACGGAGUCCUUAAGAUCGGGACUUAUCUCUUUAAGAGCAAAGUCAUCCAUGAUACUCUCAAUCCAAAGUGGAAUGUUGUGUUUGAGGCUUUGGUGUACGAUCAACCAGAACAAAAUCUGGAGAUUGAGCUUUUUGAUGAAGACACGGACCAAGAUGACUUUCUGGGAAGUCUGAAUUUGAAUGUGGCUGAGCUCCAGCAGGAACAGAAGGUCGAUGAGUGGUUCACUCUGGAUGAAGUGUCAUCAGGGAAGCUGCACCUUCAGCUGGACUGGUUAACACCGAUGUCCACCCCAGACAACCUGGACCAGGCAAUGAUGAGCAUCAGAGAGAACCGCUGUCGCACUGACGAUGGCCUCUCAUCUGCUCUGCUCGUUGUCUUCCUCGACUCGGCCAGAAGUCUGUCGAGCGCCUUCGAGGGGACCUCGGGCCACGGUGACUUAAAGGAGAGGCGCUCGAUGGGCCUGGUGUCCGGCGAGAACGUCUCUCUCUGUCGGACCUUAUUUUCUGCAAAGAAAGUGGUCAGUGUUCCCAGUCCAUUUGUCCAUUUCAGAGUCGACAAAAAGUCCUACGACAGCAAGAUCAGAUACAAAACCAAAGAACCGGUGUGGGAGGAAGCCUUCACCUUCCUCAUCCAAGACCCAAGGACCCAGUGUUUGGAUGUUGAGGUGAAAGAUCACAAACAUGACUGUACUUUGGGGCUCUUGACGCUGCCACUGACCCGUCUGCUGGAGGCCGAGGAAAUGAUGCUCAACCAGCGCUUCCCCCUUAAGAACUCGGCACCAGGCUGCACCCUGAAGAUGAAGAUUGCUCUGCGGGUGUUGUGGUUCAGCAAGGCUGCAUCUUUGUCCUCAAAUGCUACACCAUCUGCCGCUCAGGUCCGUAAGACCAGCUCCUCCUCUCCGACCCCGCAGCCCUCUGUCUCUGACACCCCCAAUCCUGCCACCCCAACAUCCAAUAUCCCCUGCUCCAGCCCCAACUCCACAUCCGUCCAGGACCUGCUUCACCGGCAGAGGGAUCCUGAAGAUGUUGGGAAAUCCCUCAGUGCACUGGACAAGGUGCAGGGUGGAGGAGGAGUAGGAGGCCAGGGCCUGCUGGAGACUGGGAGGAGCACCUCCAACCUGGCCAGCUCCAGCUCCCAGCCGUACCUUGCUGGAACCAAAGAGCCGACGCCGAGCAUCGCAUCGGACAUCUCCAACCCUUAUGCCGCCCAGGAGCUGCAGCAGCGCCUGCAGCAGCUACAAAACGGUUCAGGUCUGAGUUAUUUCCCGCUGGGUGAGGUGCAGCUGACGAUCAGACACAGCCCCCAGAGGAACAAACUGGUGGUCGUCGUUCACGCCUGCAGAAACCUCAUCGCGUUCAGCGAGCAGGGUUCGGAUCCUUACGUCCGGCUCUACCUGCUUCCUGACAAACGGCGGUCGGGCAGAAGGAAAACUCACACAUUCAAGAAAACUCUCAAUCCCAUUUACGAUCAGACGUUUGAGUUUAGUGUUCCCAUGGUGGAUUUGCACAGACGCACGCUGGAUGUCGCGGUGAAGAACGGCGGCGGUCUGCUCUCCAAACACAAAGGCCUGCUGGGAAAGGUUCUGGUGGAUUUGAUUCACGAGGACAUCACUAAGGGCUGGACACAGUGGUAUGAGCUGACUGAAGAUGGCUUCUCCAAAUCCCACCAGGUGUAGAGAGCCGCCAUCAUCAUCACCAACCCGCCACACUUUGCAUUGCAUAAUUAUACAGCACACUUUCAUGAUUUUUUUUUAUUACUUGUAACUGUAAGAAGAAAAGGAGCUCAUGGUGUUCAUUUAUUCAUCAGUCGCAAGCCAAACCUCCCCUUUAAUAAGCAGCACUCUAACAGCGAUCGCGCUGGACAUUUGUAGCGGCAGGACGCAGCCUCCUGUCAUUUAUGUCUUUGCCAGGACGUGUGUUAAGUAGAAGGAAGUGGGACAGUAGAGCACCCCUGCCUGUCCCGUUCUUGACAACAGUGUUGGUGUCCUGCGUCUGGGCCUUGCUACCACACACGUGAGUGUCAGCGAUCAGAAAACUGAUUGACAGCUGGGUGUUGCCAAGCAACAGGAUCAUCGUGCAGAAAAAAGCAAGACGUGUGUUUGGGUUCAGAGAAAAGUAGGAAAAAUGUGCAACACCUUUUUGAUCUGCUCCACUGUAAAGAGGCUAUACAACAUGCAGAGUUCUAUAUACAACGUUAGAGUCCGUGUUACAUAUUUAUAGCAGAAAGUAAGAUUAUAGCGGAAACAAUAUUUUUAGAGUUUAGAAUGACUGUGUACAGUUUUUGUAAAUAUGUACAAUGAUGCUGGACAUAACAGACCACGCUUGACAAAAAGGAGACCGAGGCACCGUGUAGCAUUCAGCCAAAUGACAUUGUAAUUUUUAUUAUUAUUAUUUUUAUAUAUAUUUUGGAAAGAGUUUGUGAGGCAGAAGCAGUGAACAGAAACACCACCAAAGAUGUUUUAAUUUUUCACUCUUUUGUAGGUUUUUCUUACAGAAGAUCAUUUUUAUUCCGCUGUUCUGUGUAUUAAUGAAACAGAUACUGCAGUAAAUCCUGAUUAAUGUCUGUUAUAUUUGUUGAUAUAACAGAAUGUUUUUUCUGUUAAUUUUUUUCCAAGGUCAACGUUGAAAUGCGUUCAUGAAGGAAAAUGUUUGUGUGAUUCAAUACUUUUGCUCUUUUCUUUCAGUGUAAGGCUUUGAAAAAAUAUUUAGCAAAUUUAUCUUUAUCAAAAUUGUUUAAUGGUGUAAUGUCACAUAAAUUUAGAACCAUGAAGUAAAAAAACAGAACUGAGUUGACAUAGUUUCAAUAUUUUCUUAAAUCAGGAGUCAAGCUUUAAAAUGAGACAUUUUAGAGUAAUUGCAGCUGCAAAUGGAGGAGCAUUAAAACAUUUUAAAGGCCUUAUAUUCAUGUUUGUUGAGCAACAGACUUUAUUAUGUUUUGCUCUCUUUUGAUGCAGUGUUGACAAAAAAUUAGAUUAACUCUGCAAUUCAUCUGAUUUCAUGGUUAGUUUUAGAAUUACUAUUUAACAUGAAGACAUAAUUUGCAGUAUGUUUCUCAUUUACAUUUUUCUUGAAUAUGAAUUCCUUCUCAGACAAAACACAGUUCACUGUUGAGAAUUCUGUUUUCUAUGAAAGAAUAUUUUUGCCUGAUAAUAGUAAUUUAGAAAAAAAAAAUCACCUUGACUGUCCCGGUCUCACAAAGCAGAGUGAAAUGUGUGAGACUAUUAUCAUUAUUCAUGAGAAACUUUAUCAUAAUAUUUGUUGUUUUAUUUUAAUAAUUGUGACAUAUGUAAAAUAAGUUUUCUUGUAAUUAUGAGAUACUUUAUAGUUACUCAUGACAAACUUUCUCAUACUUGUGAGUUAUCAGUUAAACAUGAUAAACCAUUUAUUUUAAAAUCUUGAUAGUUACUUAUAGGUUUCUUGCUGUCUAUUUAAAUGUGUGGGACUGUCAUUACUCAUGAGAAACCUGUCAUAGUUAGAACUUAUCAUAAUCACCAGGAACCUUAGUUUUCAUAAUUAUAAAUUUGUUUUUCUCUUCUAAAAAGGCUACUUAUUAGUCAUGCCAAAUCUAUUAUAUUUUUGAGAUACUUUAUCAUGGAAAAUGUUUUCAUGAUUAUAAGUUAGAAUUGCCAGAAAUGUAAUUUUUAUAUUUAGAUUUGUUUUAAAUAUUUGUGAUAUAUGUAUAAGAACCCUUCUUGUAAUUAUGAGAUACUUUAUCAUUCCUCAUGACAAAUUUUCUCAGUCAUUACUCAUGAGAAACGUCCAUAAUUAUAACGCACCAUAAUCAUGAGGAAAAAUGUUUUCAUAAUUUUCUCUUUAGAAAAAGGUAAGAAAAAAUUAACAGUAACACUUUUGUCAAGUCUCUUGUAAUUAUGGGAUACUCUAGCAUGAGAAAUAUUCUCAUAAUUAUAUCUUCUCAUAAUUGUAACAAAUCUCAAAUUUGAGAUUUUGCUGAACAGAAUUUAAGCCUGGAGGAGGAAAAAAAUGUUUUUCAUAACUCUAGCCAUGGGAACUUUUCUGACUUUCAAUCACGCUCGUGUGUUAGCCAUAACCUCACAUGAGCACUGAGCACUGAAGGUCACGCACACUUUUCACUGGGCGAGUUUCCAGCGAUGUUGGGGAGCACUCUGCUUACGAACCUUCUUGCUAUUGUUAUGUUAUUUCUGGUGAAUAAAGCGUAAUUACCGUCUCAUUUGUCCACUUAUAAACAUUAUUAUUCUGACAUGUGUCAAGGUAAAAUUACUGCACAAACAGUGCACCCUGUUUGCAUGGAGCAACAUAAAAAUAAUUUUUACCUCCGUUAACUGACGGGAGGAGGAGGUUAUGUGACCUGUUCUGUCUGUUAAUGGAAAGUAAAUCUCAAAAAGCAGUUUCAGAUUCUGAAGAAAGUCUGUCGGUGAUUGAAGGGUUGAUCUCACUCUUCCUUUAAAUAUUUCAAUUCAUCUCUGUUUAGUUCCUUUAAGUGUGUGGUUUUCUUUUUGAUAUCAAAUUUUCACAUUCUCACCUUAUGACAUCACAAAGAUCUAGUGGGGUUAAAAGCUUAAACUACGAGUCCUGUUGGCUGUUGAGGUGUGCCAUCUCUGAGUGUCUUUUUACUUAUUCUUAGAAUUAUGAAAUUCUCAAAAUAGGAUUCUGAGAAACUUUUCAAUACUUAUCUCAAUACUUGGAGACAUUCUCUCAUAAUUAUGUAACGUAUAUAUCGCGAUCAUGAGAAACCUAAUUUUUUUCCAUAACCAGGAUAUUUUACAUUAGUUAUGAGAAAGCUUCUUGCAAAUUAUUUAUCAUCUCAUAAAUUUUCCACAAUUGAUUUAUUUUCAUAAUUAGAGAUGACCACUGUUUUCAUAAAUGACAGCUUUGUUUUUCUCAUUAGAAAAGUCAAUGGUUUUGCCAAAUGUAUUGUAAUUACAGCUUAUUUUAUCAUAAGAAAUAUUUGCAUAAUUGUGAUUUAUGUUCUAAUUAUAAGACAUCUAAUUUUUUAUAUUUGAUAGCUUUUUCCACAAUUGUGACAUUGAGACACUUAUUAUUCUUUGAAAAAAUCUUGAGUUCUCAUGAGAAACCAUUUUUUUCAAAUCAUAUAAUCUAAUUUUAAUAUCAUAAUUAUGAGAAAUAUGUUUUCCCAAUAUGAUUUCAGAAAUGUUUCUCAGUCACAGUUAAUAGAGGUUGUCAUCAGUAGUAAAACUGCUUUAGGUAAUUCUGAUAUUUCAUAAUUUCAAUACCAUUAAUAAUCAUUAAGAAAUAUGACAAAGAUAAAUAUGUGAGGUGAUGCAAUCUUUUCUCUGACUUGGCGAAAAUGGUCUUCCAUAAUAGAAAGUGCUUUUGACUUCUUGUGUACAUAUGAGUACUUUUGUCUGUGUGUUUUUUUUUUUUUUAAAUACACAUCAUAUUAGACAUUACAGCCCUCAUCAGAAAAUUAUUCAGAGCGGGAUUUAUACCCAGUAUAAAGAGUGCAGCCUUCACAUACAUAUAUACAUUUAUGCAGCUGGUACAAAGUACAGAAGCGCAAAGCGUGACCUUUUGACCUUUAUCACACAGUCAUCACAUUGAUAAACUUUUAUAUCGUGUUGGCUGUGCCAUUGUGUGUUUAAGUCUAUUUUUUGUUUUUUUAUUUGUUCUCUGUGGGUGUUCUGCAUCUGUCGCUCUUUGAGUUGUUUUAUUUUGAAAGAAAAAAAGAUGUGGAUUUUGAAAGCUUUGCCUCCGGGUUUGCGUUAGUCGCGUCUUUAAUUUAUCUUGUGCCUUAAAGGCCACAGAAGUAGACAGGUGUGAUUUUAAAGUUUUAGAAUGUAUUGUUGUAUUUACAGUUGAAUAAUAAAGAGCUUUGGCGAAGCAGCAUGAA